CACGAUCUCCAACAUCCCCAGAGGCCGCUCAGAAAAUACAGCAUUUUGUGCAACUAACCUGAUUGGAAGUCCUUGCAUAUUGCUACUGGCAAGAGCACGUACGAUAAUCCUUCCGAAAUUUCGAUUGUUAAAAUAAUAUUUAAUCCAAAUCUUCAGAUUCUUGCCAAAUUUCAAAUCGCUCCAAAUGUUGGUCUUCUUCUUGUCCGUUUUGUUUUUUCUUCACUGAUUUUGAACACCGAUAUAAAUCACCACUUUUGAUACAUUUCCGCACAUUGAAUCAGCCCAUAAACUUGAUCGAUUGAUGAUAACACUAUGUAUUUUCACCCACUUCAUUUAUUUUAACUGCACAACCAAGAUUUAUUCAAUUUUUUGCCGUAGAAAUCGAAGUCAAAAAUCAAUCAAAACUGAUUCCGAUCGCGAGUAUACUAUACUAGUAUGUUUACGUAGUAGUGCUCACCGCCUUGCAGUGAUGUCGACAUAAAUAAUAAGGUACGCGAUUGAUUACUUUUUUGAACCUUGAAUUUUGUGACACAAAAUUACAAAAAAAAAAAACGUCGAAACGAUUAUUAUAAUUGUUUAAUACAGUUUAGCGAAAAAUACAUUUGUAAAAUGUGAAACUUUGUUGAAAAAACUGCAUUUUUGAUCACCAUCGCUUUUCACAAAUAAAAAAAAUCCCGCUACUAGCAACCCUGCUCUUACUGUUAGCGCUGUCAAAAAACGUAAACAGAAUAGUUUUGUAAUCAGUCCAAUCGGUAGAAUCGUGAAAAUGCCUCGCGCAUCAAGAACGCGGCGGGCCGCGAUAGUCCGCGAAAAGUGCAAAAAAGCGAUAAGGAAUUUGAAGGACCCCUUAUCCUGGACCUACGAGGAUCCAUGGAACUCGGAAUAUAUGAGAAACCCCGUAAGCGAGCCUGUAAGUACACCGCUUUUGGAUGUCGAUAUUGUGCAGCCUUAUCCGUUACUCGGCGACACAAGUGAUGCAGCAAACGGCUGGGAGGAAGAUGAUGAUUCGCUUUCGUUCACCAGCUUGGAGCUACCUACUGGUACGUAUGCCAAUCAAACCGUAAAUAAAUAUUCAGUAAUCUUUAUUUUGUAAUGAUUUUUACAGUAGAUCUACCAGUAGAUGUUUCGUGUUCACCUCUACGCCUUUCAAUCGACGAACUAAUUCCGGUAGGUGUGCCAGGUGUACCCUGUGAGGACUCGUUAUUCAUCGUUCCAACUCUGGAUGGUGCGACAGACGUGGAUCAAAACAGGUGUACAUCUGAGAACGCAGGCGGAUCUCACAAUAACCAGACAAGGAUGAAUGAUCGACGAAACAUGGACGCCAGCAUGUUAGCAGGCAGUGUGAUCGACCUGAACUGUGCAAGUGGAAGCACGUCGGCGCCCUCCUCAGGUACGCAAGGUGCGGAGCAUGCAAUGGAAGAAGAACAAAUUUUAUCUCAUCAACAACCUUUGGAGCGAUACGAUGACCACUACUCCUUCGACAUGGUGGCAAUGGGCAUGAAGGCUGGAUCGGAAACGUCUGGCAAACGUAAGUAGUUUAGAUUACAGGGGAAAGUGUAAGAAAAUUAAAUUGUGGUCCACGAACUACCACGUACGCUUCCUCAGGAGUCCAAAUCUCAUAAAGCAUUGAUUAUUUUGAGUGUUCAGGGUUAACGCCCUGACCGUUUCGAUUUGAAUGUAUGUGGAAUUUAAUGUUAUUUGACUUCAACGACUACUAGCCAAAAUCAUAUGAAACAUUAUCACUGAGUAUUUUGGACGUUCAGUGUGAACACCAUGAGCGUACCAAUUUGGGUGUAAAUGGGAUUCCAUGUAAUGCGACUACCACGACCACCCUCUCAGUAAUCAAAAUCAUAUAAAAUACUAGUUCUGAGUAUUUUGGGCGAUCAGUGUAAACACCCUGACCCUACUAAUUUGGGUGUAAAUGGGAUUCCAUGUAAUGCGACUACCACGACCACCCUCUCAGUAAUCAAAAUCAUAUAAAAUACUAGUUCUGAGUAUUUUGGGCAAUCAGUGUGGACACCCUGACCGUACUAAUUUGGGUGUAAAUGGGAUUCGAUGAAAUGCUACUACCACGACCACCCUCUCAGUAGUCAAAAUCAUAUAAAAUACUAGUUCUGAGUAUUUUGGGCGAUCAGUGUGAACACCCUGACCGUACUAAUUUGGGUGUAAAUGGGAUUCGAUGAAAUGCUA